ACCACAUCCACUUGCCACAACCCCACUUCCUCUCUCUCUCUCUCUCUCCCUAAUCUCUUUGAUUUCUAUUUCUAUUAUUCAUCAGAAAACAUAGAAAAUGUUAUGUUUGUUCUCUGAGCAGAGAACCUGAGAGUAAAAAAACAGGGGAACACUAGUGGCAGAGAUUCCUUUGUUUCCUCUGCUUCUGCUUCUUCUUCUUGGCUUUAUCAGUUUCCAAGUAUCUGAAAGUUUCUGUCUUAUCUUCUUGGUUUUGUGAGAUUCUUCAAUGUACGUUUUCUGAGUCUUCUUCAGGGUGAUUGUUAGACAAAGACCCUCUUCUGUUCUGUAAUAACAGAGCUUUUAUAGUGUCGAUGAGAUCAUUCAGGGUUCGUCUCUUUUCUCUUCGUCCUCUCCGGUGGGAUUUGGGAAUCAAGGGAAUUUAAGGUGUAAUUAGCUGGAGAGCAAUGGCGUUCACAUUGAGCUUUGUCUGGGCCAAUUCUAUUGGAAUCUAAACUGAUAAAAAGCUGAACUUUUUUGGAAUAAUAUGAAAAUAUGGAAAGUGCGUCAUUCUCGUUAUGGUUCCAUGGUGGUUGCUGUUGAUGGAGAAAUAACGAAAGCUUAAAGUAGGGACGAAAAAGACUACACACAGUCAAGUUUCCGAAUCAAAAGAUAGAAAAAAGAGAGUUCAACAUCUCUCCUUUUUAUUACUGUUUACAAGUGCUGUCCUAAACUUCUCUGCUAUUCACAUGGCUGCGAAGCUUCUGCAUACAUUGGCAGAUGAAAACUCGGAUCUGCAGAAGAAAAUCGGAUGUAUGAAUGGGAUUUUCCAAAUCUUUGAUCGUCACCAUGUUCUCACAAGCCGGCGUAAAAGUCUUACUUUAGGUAAUGCAUCACAUGUCAAUAGUAUCAAUUUUGAAGGAGACUCUGCAUUUCAGUUUCAGGACUCAAACACUAUAAGCGGAGAUGCGACGAGCGAGAAACUAAGAAAGGUUUCAACAGAAUCUUCGAGGGUUUCUUUCUCAUCGUCGUGUUCAUCAUCCUCCCCGUUGUCUUCUGAGAUCAACAGAGAAGCUCAACCUGAAAUUUCAGCGUAUGACCGGGUCAUUUUUCCAGAAUCUCCUACGAGUGAUCCAGUGAUGAGCCAAGGACAUGUGGGACUUGACCUUAGAGAUGUUGUUAGAGACUCUAUGUACAGAGAAGCUAGAGGGCUUUCUGAAGUAUGUAAACACAAGAGAAGAGAGGAUUCUCCAAGACCCUAUGGUUUGAAGCAAUCCACGCCAGUCGAUUUCAAUGAAUCCUGCAGAGCUCUAGCCAAGCUUAGAAAGACAUCUCAGCAUUAUUACAAUGAGGUUGACCUGAAAGAUGCAUCCCGUUACUAUGUUGAUUCUCACAACAAGUUGAAAUCCGGUAAGAAGCUGAAAGAGUUCCCUAGGCUUUCAUUGGACAGUAGAGACCACGUUGAUCUAAUAUCAGGUAAUAAGAUUUCUGAAAGUUUCAGUAGAAGCUCUAGCAUGAACAAAGUCUCAGGUAGCCCGAAACGGCCUCCUAGUGUUGUUGCGAAGCUGAUGGGUUUGGAAACUUUACCGGGUUCUCCAUUGAGCAGAGACAGAAUCAACAUGUUUGAUGAUAACAGUGAUCCCUUCUCAAGGUCACUGAGGGAAAAUCGUCUUAACCGUACUAUCCGGUUUUCUCCUAGCUCACCGAGCAGCUUGGGGAAGGACCAGGCUUCUUCUUCUUCUUCUUCUCCAAGAUGGAGAAGCUCUGAGUUUGUUAUGAAACCCUUAUCAAAUCUGAGGUUUCCCAUUGAAACAGCUCCAUGGAAGCAAACUGAUAGAAACCGGUUUUCGCAAAAGCAAGCUUGCAGGCCUGUGAAAGCUCUGUCUCGUUCAAUGGAGGGAAGAGUGAAAGAUCUCGAGUUUAAGCAUUCGGGAAGGGAUCUCACAGCUAUUAAAGAGAUAUUAGAGGCAAUGAAAUCAAAAGGUGUAUUUGAUACUCGAAAGCAGCCACAAUGCUUAAACUUGGAACCUCAAAGAGAUUAUAAAAUGGGAGAAUCAAGACCCCUACAAAACCAGGUGAUGAGAGGGCCAAUAGUGAUCAUGAAACCAGCCAGGCUUGUUGAGAAAUCUGGUAUUCCUUCAUCAUCUCUGAUUCCCAUUCACAGUCUUAAUGCGACCUGCGGAGAAGAAUCUGCAAAUGUUAAAAGAGAUACAACUAGUAGGAAGGCGGCAAAAGAUCCUGGCUCUGUUGGUAACAACUGUAGCAGCGGAAACGUGAGGUCUUCUCAGGUUUCCAAAGAAAGCACUCCAAAGAAUUCAGGAUCUGUAAGUCCAAGAUUGCAUCAUGUGAAGAAGCAUGAGAAGGAGAAGCGUUCUCGCCCACCAACGACUCCAUCUGAUUCAAGCAAAUCAAGAAGACAAACAAACCGACAACCUGAAGAACCUACUACUUCUCCUGGUGGUAGGCGAAAUAGAUCCAGGGCUCAGAGGAUCUUGCCGCAAAAUGAUGAGCAAAGUCGCCAAAAGAGUAAUGGAUCUAGGACUGAAACAGAGGCCACCAUGACUAUCGAACAAGAUAAUGAAAAGAGUCCAUCUGUAAUAGAGGAAGCCAAAGCCGUAGUCUCUAACUUAAUGCAGAAAAAAGCCAGUCCAGAGUUUAGUGAAGAUGGAUCAUCGGAACAUCCAAGUCCAGUGUCUGUUCUCAGUGCAUCAAUCUACAGAGAGAUCAAACCAUCUCCUGUGAAUGUGCAAGCCAGUGGUAAUUGCGAAGAAGACCAGUGGAAUCCAGCUUACAGCUUCUCAGAGACAACAACCAGCUUUUCGCCAGAGAUAAACCGAAAGAAGCUUCAGAAUGUUGAGCAUUUGGUUCAAAAGCUAAAAAGACUCAACUCUAGCCAUGACGAAGCCAGCCAAGAUUACAUUGCAUCACUAUGCGAGAACAAUGAUCCUAACACUGAUCACAGAUACAUUUCCGAGAUUCUGUUAGCCUCGGGUCUUCUCCUGAGAGACCUAGGCUCAGAAUUAACGACGUUUCAGCUGCACCCUUCAGGCCACCCUAUCAAUCCUGAGCUAUUCCUCGUUCUUGAGCAAACUAAAGGAAGCAGCAGCAGCAGCAACGAGAAGCUCAACCGCAAACUUGUGUUCGAUGCUGUUAAUGAAAGGCUCGUGAAAAAGUUAGCUUUUGUUGAGGGAUCUGCAGAUCCAUGGAUGAAGUCAGCUAAAGCGAAGAAGAGGGUCUUAAGUGCGCAACAACUCUUGAAAGAACUAUGUUCAGAGAUAGAAACAGUGCAAAAUCAAGCCAAGAAAAGAUCAGAUGACUUGUUGUUGUUUGAGGAGCAAGAAGAGGACUUCGUAAAAUGUAUGUUGGAUGAAGAUAUGGCGAUUCGAUCUGGGAAAUGGACAGAGUUUGAUGAUGUAAUCCCUAGUUUAGUGCUUCACUUAGAGAGGCUUAUUUUCAAGGAUCUGGUGAGUGAGAUCGUGCAUGGUGAGAUUGGUCGGCUGCAAGCAAAUUCAGGGAGAUGAAGAAUGUUUUUCGCGGAUAAGUAGAUACUGAUCCGUAUGCUCUUUCUUUCAUUCUCUGUAUUCUAAAGCCGUAUAUAUAUUAAUAAUACAAGUCAAAAGUCCUGUGUAUAUGAUUCUCUCUUUCUUUCUGUGUAUGUCCCAACUUCAGCAGAUAACAAAUUCAAUUAAACUGUUACAAUUUAACGGUAACAUCCAAUAUUUACUUGCA